AUGCAGGCAGCUCUUAUGCUAAGAUCCAAAUCGCGGGAGAGAAGAAAACAGCGUCUUAAGAGAGGCUUCAAGCAUGAACUGCCGAGCAAUGUCGCCACCAAGUCGAUCGCUCCGUUCCCGAGAUACCCUCCUACGUCAUGGUGCGCGGCAGGGCGCGCGGCGUGGGCGGAGGCGGCGGCGCUGUCGGUGGGGGGCGGCGGCGCGGGCGCAGGCGGCGCGGCGCGGCGCUGCUCCGUGCUCGGCGACCACCCCGGCGCGCGCAAGGGCCAGACCGGCAAAUGGCACAGAAACAACCGGGUACGAGACGCCUCGUACGGCUCGUCAUCGGACUCGGACGGCGAGCUGGACGGCGUGCCUGGAGACACGUGGGGGGUCGCGCGCCUGCUGUACGCGGGGCUCGGCACGCUCGCGCUGGGACUCGUCGUGUACUUCGUCGGCACCGGCGACAAGGGUUUCAAGACUCCGGCACUUCGGCUUGUUGGUCCGUCUCUCAUUAUUGCUGGACUUGCAUGCUGUGUGCUGCGAAUCUUCUUCUGCAUAUUUGCGAAACCUUGCUGUCGACGUCGAACCAACUACAAGGAGAACAGAAGACUGUCUGGUUGCGUGGAGGGCGAGGAAAUGCCGCUGGCAGGCAGCGCGGCGGCGGGGUGUGCGCGCGCCGGGCCCGCGCAGUGCUCGCCCGCGCGCCGCCUCGACGCCUCCUCUUGCGACGUGUCCUCGCUGUCCAGCGGCGAGGAGGACGAGCGGCUGCGGCGGUAUCGCACCGCCUCGCUACAUCCCCCUGUACACCAGGUCACCGCCCAUCACGGCACCAGUGCGGGCGGCAGCGCGCAGCAGAGCUCGCUGUCGGUGGCGCCGGCCAGCCCGGGCGCGGCGCCCAGCCCGCCGGGCCUGCACAGCGUGGCGCCCGCUCCCGCGCGCCGCCCUCCCCCCCGCAACGUCUCCUUCGCCGGAGGACCCGACGGCGAACUCGUGCUCAGCCCCGCACAGCUGCGCUCCUAACCCUUAAGCAAUAAAGGUUGUCGCAAUACCCUAUUUUAUACCCAAAUACUGUCCGGACGAUGUGACUAUAUCGAGACGAACCGGCUCGGUUAUGUGAUAGCGUGAGACUUUGACAGUUUUAAACGUUUUUAAGUGAAUUUUCUAUUCGAUAAGCUACGAGGUCGUUGAUUAUUUGCACGUUUGGAUAUAUUCUCGCAAGCUCCUAUCGAUACUCGUCAAUAAUUUUAAGUAUAAUUUGCUAAGACUAACUUGACUGUUUGGGAUUGCCUCCUAUUUAUGUAUGUCACGUGUAACAAAAUGGCUGGCGACAAUUAGUACUCAAAAAACAUUUUUUUAUUGAAAUAGUUGCUGAAUUUUAUAAGAGUUAUUACUAUGUUGCAAUAUAAACAACUGGCCCAAGAAAGUAAUGUAAGCCGAGUAAUGUCGUGCGGUCAGUUUUGUUACUCGUCACCCCUCUAAGUUCAGUUUCUGUGGCAAAGUGCUUAGACUGCAUGUUCAUUAAGCAACGAGUGUGUAAGGGGCUGUCAGACUUAGCGCAGACUGGGUUUUCCUAAAGACUACCACCAUUCGAACACCAGUCUGUCAGCACCUUUACUAUUUUUACCGUAGUACUCGUAUCAUAUAACUUUAAGCGUUAAUUCUAACUUUGUAGCUAUUUAAUACUGAAUGUGCUAGAUCCAUCCAUCUUGAAACCGACUAGUAGAUACCACGCUGCACGAGGUGUGGCUUUGACCACCAAAUUUUAAAUUUAAAUAUUCAAAUGUCAUAGGGGUAGCCUUUAAUGGCGCUUAAAAAAUCUUCAUUUUCCUAAAACUAUUGUACUUUCUACUUUUUCGUUAGUUUGGUCAUCGGUUGGCAAACAAGUAUACAGAACCAUCAGCUCCGCCAUUGUUCGCUAGUUCAAACUCUCGAUUGUACUCGAUUUGUGUAUGGCCAGUCCUAAUUCCUUAACAAGAUUCCUAUAAUUUAUUCGACAGCUAUAAAUAUUUACACAUAUUUUUAAAGAGAUUAGGAAGGUUUAUAAUACUAAAUAUGUUCCUAAAAUGUACGAACGUUAGGUGAAGGCCAAAUGUUGGCCGAGUAUCCAUCGCGGAAUGAAAACAAUACGUGAUAGUCCAUCCAGAUUUAUGUAAGACGUUGUUAGAGCGACCGUGGAAACGUAGCAUCCGAGACCACACCUCGUAGCGGUAUGGAACUAAAUAGUGAAUAUUAUAAACAUAAUUGUUUUAAAACUGCCUACAACUAGAUGCGAAUUUAUACUUAAAUAUAUAAAAUUCAUAAAAAUAGAUUUAUAACUGACAAUAAUGAUUGUUAACUGAUGUAUAAAAUGUUAUGGCGUAUGUGCGUUGAUUUUAUUUUGAUUAUGUCCAACAAAUCGUGAGUAGUUCAAGCGCCGAGUACCCACGUUACGUGCAACGCGUUGCUGCCGCAACGGGUACCGCAACACGUUCGCAGACACGACUGCGGUACGCACUGACGCAUGUACCUUACUUUGCGGCUUAAUUAAGCAAUUAAUUUUUAUAAAGUAAUAAAAUAACUUGGCGUGUGAACUACGUAGGCACCAAAGGAUAUAAUAAUAUAGUUAGCUAAUUACAUAAAGGUUGGUGUAUAGCGAGUGAUACUGUCUAACAGUAAUGUUUUUAUGUGUAAGUUACUACGGUAAAUUAAACAAUACAUACAUGUGUGUUACGCGUGCAUUGUAUAUGGCACAAUAUAGUAAAUACUGUUUAUAAAUAUAUAAUAUAUUUUAGAAAUAUUUGCACCUUUAGUAGUGAAAUAUUAAAAUGUAUAUCGCAGAUUUUAGCUAGAAUAUUGUGGAUGACACUAAAACGAGUGUCACAGAACAUAUUUUGAAAAUUGAGUUUCUGUAGACGAAACAGAAAUUAUUCUAAAGGUUUUUGAUUAGUUUUUGUCAAUUAUAUAUUUGUAAUCAAAUUAAAGUGUAGUUACUUUGAAUUGUUUAAAUCUAAGGAGGGUCAAUUACUUACUGAUUAUGUUUGUGAUAAGGUUAGCUUUGUUUUACUUGCUAUCAGUAACGAGCACCUCACGUCCUAAUACUUAGAUAUCUCCAUUUGAUUAUACUGUCAUCGAACUGUUGAUAGCUUCAAGCCUCCAUUGCUUAAUUCAAGAUCUUUAAUAUAAAUGAUUUCCUUCAUAUGUUUGCUGAUAUCCAUAUUUGUUUAAAACGAAAUUUAUUUAUUACUUAAUAAAUAUUAAAAAUCCACAACCUGUUGUCCGAUUUACUACGAAUGAAUUAGGCGAGCGCAAAAGACGCACGUUAAAAAUAUGAGCAUUGAUAAAUAUUUGCCUGUAUUAAAUUUCAAAUAAUUAAUGUUUUAACAUCAAAAUAAUAAAUCAUAGACGUACAUAAAUAGAUGUUAAGAAAAAUAUGAGCUUCGUUUAGACUAACUGGCUUGUGUAACAAAGUGUUGUGUACAUUAUCGAAAUAGAUGGCCAUUAUAAACAAUGUCACUUGCAUCGUCAUACUAACUCGUAGUAAGUUUUCUCGGUUAAUUUAAUAUCACCUGAACAUGGUUUUGCUUCACUUUUGAUUAAUACGAUCUAAGCGCACAUAAAACUGGUGACAGGGUUAAUUUAUUUUUGUCUACCAGCAGACGAGUUUUCAUUUACUUGUUAGAAAUUACAUCACUUCUAUUUUACGAAAGGGAAUUCGUCUGCUCAUUUACGUAUAUAAAAUUAUAUAGAUCGUUUUAUAGGAAGAACUGUAAUAUCGUCAUAUGAAAUCUUCGAUUCACCGUUCGUACUGAAGACACCAAUGUUUAAAGUUAAGAACUUAAUUUUCAUUUUAAUAAGGUCAUGUAAAUAAGCAAUAUAAAGGUCGACUUAGUGCGUUUACGUUAUUGUAAGCGCGAGGCUAUACAUCAAUAGAAAUUAUGUUCCUUUAGAUGUAACUAUAAAAUAAUCAUUUGCGCCAAUCGCUGUACACCAAAUUUUCGUUCAACUUUGUGAAAUAACUGAUGUUUCGUGAGUACCAACCCAAGCAAUCGCUGCCGAAGCAGGAGCUCUACUAGUGUUGAAUGAUGUUGUCGUGAAAACGGUGUGAAGGGCCGGGUCACCGACAAAGCUGCAAUAAGCAGGCGCACACAAAACUAGAACAAAUGCGAGACCCCGGUACAAAUAAGAAGUGUUUCACAUGGUUGACAUGUUUUAGUAUAUGUACGUGCUUCCAUAUAAACUUGCAAUAAACUGCUUCAUAUUUUCAGAUGUGAAUGGCGAUGUUUUAGGUUUACUAAAUGAGCUGAUUGCUUAUGUUCCAGGGCCUAAUUCUAAAUGCGUCGUAAUGCCAGUCUGUACAUUCCUUUAAGAUUAAAAUGCGUGUUCAGAUUUUAAUAUUAUAAUGUAAACAUGACUGCCACAUUUCACUUGUUCCUCGCAUCAAAUAAUAGUAAUCAUAAUGGAACCAGUUGUUUCAAAGGUUUUGUAAAUAUACGUACCUGCUUCAAGGUGUACUAACCAAACGUGAGAAGCAAUUAAUUAUGAGUGACCGCUGUCGUCCUUCGUACUUGCAUUUGUUUUCAUUCGAGACUUCAUCAAAUGUGUGUUAGAUUUUGAGAUAUAAUAAAUCAUCUGUCUUCUAUAUUCUAAAAAAUGUUCACUUAUCAAUACCUAGACAUAUUAAAUAUUUACUUUAAUUUAUGUUAUGUGGGUGUUUUAAACAAGAUAAAUCGCUGUUACCAUUUGAAUAACAAUUUGACUAUCUCCUUUAAAAUCUGUGUUAGAUACUCUCGCUUAUAACUUGCUAAAUUGUGAUUAUUUUGCGACGGCUAAACAAAACAGAAUGCUAUAAAUGAUGUGCUGUGUUACUAACUUUAUGUAGUGUAAUAAAAACUACUUUGAUUUAUGCAAUUAUUGUUAUAAUAAUUUAUUUAAGGUGUAGAUUAACAUUUCCUAAGAAUCUUUUUGUUUUCUGCUCUACUUAAGUUUGGGUAUUAGGAAAUCUUAGCGUUGAACGAAUGCAUGGAACAAGUAUAAGUCACGUGACAUAUUGAAAAAUAAGUCGCAUUCAUAUAUUUCAGUUAUUCGUUCAUCGUCAAUGCUAGAACAAACGUCGCUUAUUUAGGAGUUGUAAUAAAUGUUAUACAAACGCAAUGUUGUAAAAAUAUUAUGGUGGUAUAUAUUGGUCUUGAUUUGUUUAUGUGAGAAUGCAGUCAGGUCCUAAGUAAGUAAAGCUGUGAAAUCUUCGACACUAUUCCCUUCGAAAUUUUUCAAUAUUCCAGGCCGGGCCUUCCGCUGCUUCUUAAAGUAAGUCUGUCGCCCUUGUAGAAGUGAGACGGUACUCUGCGCCGUGUGUCGCGUUGUCUGACUCCCACAACAGCCAGGUUUACUUUGUAAGUCAGUGGCUGGCCAUCUGCUUGCGAAUUCUACUGUUUCCUAACAUAGGAAAGUAAUUGGGGUGUAAAACACAAAGGAUAGAACUGUGAUUUAAUGUUAUUGUUAAAAGGAAUUGGAUGUCAUGUCGUACUUAAUGAAUGGUAAUGUUUACUUCCAAAGGAUUUUGAAAUAAAUAUGAAAUAGCUCAAGGAUAACCGUAAAGUGAAUAUUAUAGACUUUUUGUAAAGAAUAAUUGUUUUAUGAACUUGGCUCCGACUCGCUCCGGUGUGUCUAGAUUGUCUUUUUUUAUUGUAAAUAAUUUGUGACAUAACCGGUAUUGUUCAUCAUCGAUUUGUAUUAUUUAUAGGCAUUGGUGCAUAUCAUGUGUAUAGAGCAGAUGAUUAAUCAAAUAAAUUAGAACAAAAAUAUAGUUGA